AUGCCCUGGACCACACGGAGUACGAUCGUAUCCUCGCUAUAUGCCCACAAGAUGCUGCUAUACGCUCUGGUGUCCUCUGUCGCAGUGACCACCACCAUUGCGAACGCCCUCAAGAGGCAUAGCAACUUCUACUCAUUGACCAUAUAUCUGUCCAAGAGCAAUCGGAGUGUACUGAUCCUGGCAAAUUUUGGUCUCCUCUUUGCAUUGCUGUGUGGGCGGGCCGCACAAUGUAUAUUCUUUGGAGCCCUCCGGCCUCAAGAAGUAGAACGUCUAUACGAUCGCUUGUGGUUCUUCGUAACAGAGUCUCUUCUCGCAUUCACAAUCUUCCGUGAUGACUUUGACAUACCAUUUGUGCUCAUGUUUGGCUUCCUCCUCUUCAUCAAGUCCUUCCACUGGUUGGCCUCGGAUCGCAUUGAAUGGAUGGACCAGCGACCAUAUCCCGGCCCACCAGCUCAAUUCCAUGUUCGAAUGGGGUCGUUAAUGUUUCUCCUGUGGUUCAUCGACGUUUCCAUGUUUGCUUUUGCUGUCGAGAGCACUACCAAAAAUGGGGUCAGCGGUGUGAUGAUGUUCGCCAGUGAAUAUGCCAUUUUAAUGGCAAGUGCUUUGAAUAUUUCAGCAAAGUAUCUUAUCUGUGUCGCGGAUUUACGCCGAGCUCGUCAGCGAGGCGGGGAAAACGCUCCGCCUUGGCAGAACAAGAGCAUGUGGGUAUUCUACGUAGAACUGGUAACUGAUUUCCUAAAGCUCACCACAUAUCUCAUAUUUUUCAUGCUCAUCGUCGCGUUCUAUGGUUUGCCUCUCAACAUCAUCCGGGAUGUGUACCUCACUGGAAAAUCAUUCAUCUCACGCCUUCGAGCCCUUUUCCGAUACCGGGCGGCUACCCGCAAUAUGGAGGAGCGCUACCCGGAUGCAACUGAACAAGAGAUGUUAGCAUUGACAGACCGAACUUGUAUAAUCUGCCGUGAGGAAAUGCUCAUCCGCGGUAACUCGGGUGAAGAUGGCUUACCGGCGUCAUACGAUGGGCCCAAUACCACUCCAAAGAAGCUACCUUGCGGACAUAUUUUUCAUUUUUACUGCCUACGCUCCUGGCUUGAACGUCAGCAAAGCUGUCCAACUUGCCGUCGUAGUGUGCUCGAAAAUGUAACACAAGACCAGAACCGACCUCAACAAGUUCCGCCGCCCCCUCCACUACCACAGCCCGCAGCGCAUCAACUCAACGGAGCCGGUUUUCCUGCUGCACAGUUCCCACAGAGAGACAAUAAUGGCCCAACGGGAAUCUUGGGCCGUUUGGCCCGCGCAGGACAACCCCCUGCAGGUCCCAACACUGGUCAGCAGAACUCGCCAACCGUCCAAGGCUGGGUGCCGGGACAUGCUCCCGGUGUCAUAAUACAAUACAACAUUCAGUAUCAGACUGGCCCACAUCCUCAGGGGCAACUGCGAUCACCCAUAUCGACGUUCUCUUCACAGGCGGUCCCGCCAUUUUCUGGGUUUGUCGGACCCAAUGGAAGCUGGUGUCGUUGGGAGUUAGACCGACGAUGGUUAGAUCAAGAUGCGACACGUUCCCGGACGGACAUGGGCAGCGCAAGCACUUCAACUUCCAAUCCUCAGGUGGAACAUCCGCCAGUGGUUGAGGAGUCAGGAGCUUCAACUGAUACAGCUGCACCCACUGCUUCCCGUCCCUCGUCUCCUCAUGCAUCUACGUCGCAGAGCAAUGUUACGCCAAUUCCAGCUACUCUACCUUCUCUCAUACCGUUGGAACCUUUCCAUCUUCCUGCCGUAUUGAGUGCUUCCCGUACUGACCGAAGUUCUCCGCAAUUGGGCGUCAUUGCUGAUACUCUGGCUCCGGCGGGGGCAAUUGUAUCCGAUGAGCAGCUGAUGCUUAUGGAUCGACUAAGCCGUGAGGCUAUCAAUGAAAGAUUACGCAUCCUGGAGAACGUGUCGAGGACCAUUGAUCGUUGCGUGGAAGAUCUACUGAGGGUGAGAAGCACUCUUCCUGUGUCUACAGUCACGUCGUUGCAUUCGACAAGCCGUAAUGCCGAAGCUGGCCUACGUAAGCUUUACUGA